AUGCAACACCAUGUCAAAACCACACCACACAUCCUUCCCUCUAAAAAGGAUAACAACAUCCAUCCACCGGCAGCCACCACGCCAGAAAAUAUGAACUCUUCCAUCCUUCCAUUCACCAAAUCCAUCACCAUUUCCCCUCAUAUAUUCACUUCCCAAAAUCACCACCUCCGUCCAGCCACGCUCUUCCUCACCAGAAGCAGCAGCAGCGGCAGCGACAACACCACCGUAGAUGACGGCGCUGCAAACUCAUCGCCACCGCCUUCGGAUAAAGAUACAGUUCAGAUAAAGUUCAAAAGAGGGGCGAGGAGAAAAACGCGAAGAAAUCAAGAAAACGGCUUCGAUGACAAUGCGAAGAUGAUGGCGAAGAAAGAAGUGGUGAAGAAAGAUUGGGAAUCGAUGACACUUACAGAAAAAGCAUUGGAGUUGUUCGUUGGUCCUGCUCUGAAUCUUUAUCAGCUGGAUGCUCCUCCAUUAUCUCCGACUGAUGUGCUCAAGGGCUCCUCCCCCAAAUGA